AUGUUAUUUGGUGCCUCACUCAUAAAGGCCCUAUUUAGGAAUAUUCUUGAGAAAUUUGGAUCGGAUAUUUUGGGAAAUUGGGAUCUUUCAGAAAAUAUUGAAAUACAUAGUUUUUCUCCAUUAGAUUUGGAAUUGACAAAUUUUCCAGUUCCUCAGAUAUUAUUCGAUAUUGCUGAGUUACCAUUUAUAAUUGUAUAUAGUAACAUUGGGAAUAUCCGGAUAUGUGUGAAUUCAGAUAAAAUAGUGAGUAAAUCUAAUCCUAUUAAUAUUGAAGUCAAGAAUGUCGAUAUACAGGUAAGGCUUGCAAGUCCUGAUGAGUGGAAUAUUUCGAAAUGGUCCAAAAAGAUACUCAAAUCUAAAAAAAAGCGUUUAAGGGAAUGGGAAAAAUUUGUUUCUCCUUGGUCAACAAAGUCGGUAGAUAAUUCUUUAACUCAGUCUAUUGAGACAUCUAUAGUAAAUUCUCUAGUCAUUAAUGCAUAUAAUAUUCAUGCAUACAUUGUGGAUGAUGAUAUAGGUGAUUCUCCGUUCACUUUUGAGAUAUUUGCGGAUGCAUUAAAAAUUAAUUCUCCUUAUAAUUCAUUGGAUUUGUGUGAGCAGGAAAAAGAUGGUUUAAAUAGUAAUCUAUUUCAAUUUUUGUGGAUUCGAUUUUAUGGAUUUCGUAUUAUUUAUAAAAAGUUUAGUGAAUGUUUACUAUGUUCAAUAUCGAAGAAUAUUACUCCAUCUAAACAUUAUGAAGAUAAUUUAACAGCAGAAGUUGAAAAUAAUAAUAAAUCACUUUUGAGUUUUUUGCAGAAUCUUAUUCCGUUCAUACGUUCUGAUAAUCAAUAUAGUAAUGAAAAAUUAAGUGCUUUGGAUUAUUUAUGCUGUUCCUUUGGUAUUAGAUCUCCUUUAAAAGAAUUAAAUAUUCACAAUGGUAAUAAAGAAAAUAUGGAAUCAGUAAGUUUUGAGAAUUCUACAAUAGGUGAUAUAAAUAAAGGUAAAGAGACUAGUAGCACGGUAAAUUUAUUUAAUCCAAAACAUACCCAGAAUGGGAAUUCUAAAUUUAUAGACAUUCCAGAUAAUUGUUUGCAUGCCAUUGAGUUAACUCCAGAUAUAGGGAUAGAAAUACAUAUAUUAUUUCAACGAUGGGAUAUUCGUGCUUUAAAAGCACCUAUUUCUUUGUUUCCACUAAGCUGUGAAACUCAGGAAGAUGUAAUAAACUUCAUCUCUUCAUGUAAAUGGAAAGUUAGUAAACUAAUUUUUUUGCCAAAAUCUAAUUUAUACACUGGUUCUCAACCACCCAAUACUAAAGUUGGUUCUAACUCUCCUAUAGAAUUAACAUCUACUAUAGAUGCAUUGAAUGCUUUAUUUAAUUUUAUUAAUUAUAUUAAUGAAUGGACAAGCUUUUUAAAGGCAAUACAAGCUAUAUAUUACAACCGGAAAACUAGGGCUCAAAUGGAGUCAUACCUAGUUAGUAUAAUUAAUGCUAAUAGGCAGAAUUAUACAAUUUCUGGUAUAUCAAACUUCUUAGCAUCUUUAUUAUCAUCAUUAGAAGAUGAGUUACCAAUAAAUGAUAUUAUCUCUUUGCAUGUGGCAGCUAAUUAUUAUGUAAAGGAGAAGCUAGGGAGUCUACAUCAGCUUUGGAUUCCCUGCAGUAAUAUUGAAGAGAUCAGCCUUUUAUCAGUACAAGAAUUCUUGAGUGAGUUAGAAACUAAGAAUAAAGAUAUUUCAAACUUAUCAAAUAAUAGUUCAUAUAAUAAAGUUGAAUAUUAUAAGCAUGGAGAUAUUUCAACUUUUAAACAUUGGUUUGAUUUUGAUAGUGCUUUAGAAGUUGUUAUUCCGAAUAUUAGAUGUAAUAUUUUGUUAACAACUAUUGAUGACAUAGAUGCAAAUAUUAGACCUUUUCCAAGUUGGAUAAAAUCUCUAAUUGUAUGCAAUUUAAAUUCAGGUGUUUCUAAGCAAAAAGUCGUAAAUUUAUUGGGAAUUUGCUCAACAAUCGUUAUUGAUGGAACUAUUUAUAUGAUAUCUAAUAAGAUAACAUUUUGUCACAGAGAAAUCAAUAUAAAAUUGGGAAAUUUUAGUAUCUAUGAACGAGAAAUUGGGUUGAUAUCUGUACGAGCUAAUUUAAAUAGGACUACUUUGGAUAUAGAUGAGAUAUACCUAGACAAGAAGUAUGAGCAACGAGAUUUUAAAUCUUUGCAGAAAUUCACAUCUAUAGUAUUUAAUUCAGUAAAUUUAGAUUUUUUGCCAUGUUUUAGGAUUUUAAGUAUUGACUCAGUUCCUAUAACGAAAGUGAACAUCAAAGCAAAUAAUUGGAAUUCUUACUUAGUUCCAGAUUUUGUAUAUACGGAUGAUAACUCCAAUCGGAACAACAGACAUAUAAGUAACUUUAUAAGUAUAAAAUUACAUCAAUUUUACUCUUCUGUUGAUUUAACACAUAUGAGGAAUCAGUUACUUCGGAACUCAUUGGGAUCCUUAAUUCAGGAUAACUAUGUGGUAAACAAGGAAAGUAAUGGAUAUGGUUUUAACUAUAUAAAUAUUGGAAUUCCAAAUUUGAAUAUAUCCAGUCUAAAAGCAAUAUGGAGACUAGGCAAUAUAUUACCAUUAUGCAAGUCUAAGAUAGGUCAUUUACUAAUGAGAUGCAAAAAAACAUAUGAAACUGAUUUGAUAAGAAGCUUAUUUACAAUGAUAAAAGUUAUAACAAAACAAAAUGAAAAGAUGACUAUAAAUCUACGAUGUUUAACGAUUUCUUCACUUUUUCCUCCAGAUGAAACAUUUACUACAUUUUCAGCUGCAGAUUUAUUUUAUAUAAGAGAGAAGCAAAUAUCUUCUACAAAUUUAUAUAACAUACGUGAAACACAGAUGUAUAAAAACUUACUUAGAAAUAAAGAUUUAAGUUUGAACAGUAAUCAAAGUGCAGACUUUGCUUUAUUUAAGGUGGAAAGUUAUGUGAAAGUUCCAAGACUUGAUAAUGAGAUAGUUGAACAUAUUGAAGAUACUAAUACUUCUGGAGCUUACCCAAAUAACUUAGAAAAUAAGGUUUUAAUGAUAAUUAACGAUAUUUGCUCUAGGCCAAAUUUUUUCAUAAAUAACCUAAAGUCAUAUCACAUAAUGGAGAGUAGUCAAUCUGUCUGCAAAGAUGAUAAGGUAUUUUGGAGUAUGGAUGACCUGAAAAUACCCUUUGAUACAUUAGAUUCAAGUGAAAGUUUACUUUACAAUGAUAUACUGCAAUAUUUCUUACAAAAUAGCUACAUAAUAGAGUUGAGUACUUGUAUGAGUGGAUGUAAACUAUUACUUGAACACUUAUUUAUGGAAAUUUCAUUUUCUGAUAUUUCUUUAGUGGUUAGCUUGAGGCAUUUGGGUAUAUCAUCAAUAUUAUCAAAUAGAUCAGAAAUGUAUAUUUUGGAUAUGAGAGAUUUAUUUUUGCAUUAUAAAGGUUUAACAAUGGAUUUAAGACUUACAUGUAUUCAAAUUAAUCUUACUCCAAUAUCUGUAGCAUUGUUAAGUGGUUAUGAAUUCUUAAUAUUCCCAAUGCAGGGAGUAACCGAUCUCCCUAAAUUAUUUGCAAAAUUGGCAUCUUUUUCUGAUGGUGAAAUAAAAAAAAAGAAAGCUAUUGAAAAGUCUUCCAAAUCAUUAUUAAGCUUACUACAGAAUUUAUCUUUGAAUAUUCAAUUUUUAGGAUUACAUGUUUAUGAUUCAAACUCACUUGCAUUUGAUUUUGUGUUAUACAGUAUAUCAUUAAAGUACAAAUAUACCAGUUUGAAUCAAGUAUUAAAAUUUGUAUUUAAUUUAGGUGAAAUAUACAUUCAGCAUCUCCAUUCCAUAUCACUUGAUUUUAAUCCAGAUUCCAGAUAUUCAUGGGAUAAUGAACUAACAAAUUAUAAUGAGUUAGUAGUCCCUUCAGUUAUCUUCUGUAAAUAUGCUGGCCACUUAGUUCCGCAUAGAUCUUCUCCUUUAAAUACUGCUAAAGAUAGCACUUUAUAUGUAUUAAUAUGUGCAAAUCAUGACACCCAGAAGUUAGAUUUAUCAGAUUAUUCAUUAAAUAACAAGAAGUCUUCUCAAACUCCACAAAUAUAUUUGGAAGCACAAUUCAAGAUAGAAGAUUCAAUACUAAAUAACAAAAAUGAUAAUUAUGAUGCCAAUGCAACAAAUAUAAAUAUAUGUGCUAGUGAAGUUAAAGAAAACAAUAGUAGUGUUAAUAUCAAUGUAACAAAAGCUGAAAUAAGUGAAAGAACUUAUAAUAAUAAGGUAAACUUCAAAGUAUUUGCAGGCCAUAUUUUCUUUUCCUAUGAAAUUGCUGGCAGGAUUCAAAAGGUUUUAAAUGAUUAUAAGAAUUUAGUAUCAAUAUAUAAAAGUGAGAAGAACAUUCUUUGGAGUUCACAGUUUACUGACAAUAUAGUUUCACCAGUACUUCUUGCUAAAGCUGUAGGUAAGAAAGAUGAGAUCGAAGAGAAAAGUUCCGAUAAUAUACUAUUAGAUACUAAUUUCACAAAUUGUUGUGGAUAUAACCCAAAAUCACUCAUUAAUAGUUCUAAUAACUCAUAUAUUUUUGAUUGGUGCAUUGUAUUGGAGAAUAUAACUCUUCAUACUCUUCUAGGUAUAGAACAACUAUUGUAUGAAGGUAACAACAUAGAAAACAGGUUAUUAGAUAUUCAUAGGAAAUCACUUCAAUAUUCAGGUGAUAGUUUCACAAUAAUAAGGCCUCUAUAUUGUUAUAACAAUAAGAGCUUCAAUUCUAAUUUUUAUAAUCCAAGAAUUGCAAUUUUAACUGCUGAGUCUAUUGGUGUCAGAAUUAGUUCAUUUAUAAAGAUAGCUUUUAAAAAUAUACCUGGAAAUCUAGGAGAUUGUUUGAACUCUGGUAUUAGUAUAGCUCCAAGUGACAAAUGUGCUGGAGAUUUACGUUUUUGGAAAUUAUAUUUACUAAUUAGGGAAAUUGAUAUAAUGAUACUAAGAAAUGGCACCUGGGGCAUACUUGAUUUCUCACUUAGAAGAGUAAGGCUAUUAUUAAAGUCCCACAGUAAUGAACCGGUAGUGAAUUCCAGUAAAGAUUUAGACAUAAUUAAUAUACUAAAUGAAUUUAAUCAGAGAAGUAUAAAAAGCCUACUCCAUUCAAAUAUUAGUAAUUUUAAAUACAUUAAAUUCACUAUACGUGAUUUUUGUAUAUGGUCUAUUCUGUAUGAAAGAAAUAGAUGCAAUUUCAGUUCUAAAUCCAGUGAAACUUCUGGGAAAGAAACUAGUAAUAUAGAAACUGACACGAAUAUUUUUGAUAUGUUUUAUACAAAUAUAGAUUUUAGUUUAGAAUAUGUGUGCUUAACACCGGAACGAAAUGCUUUAUCGGAAUAUUCAAGUAUUUUGUUACCAGAAUUUACAACUAUUGAGAAAUGUCGAGAAAUUGAAGAUACUGGGGAGAAUACUAAUAAUUUGAUUCUACCAGGAUGGAGUUAUGGCCUUAUAUUACCCCCUCAAACACCUUUUUCUGAUAAAACGUAUCUUCAGAAUUCAACACCAAAACUUUUCCCAGUAUUUGGUAAAAGGCCAAUUCCUCGAAAUAAUCUGGACAGUUUAAAUAACAAAGAAAUAGGUAAAUCUAAGGAAGCACAAGCAUACAGUCAAGGAACAGAUUUGUCAGAUUCAAAUAGUAAGCUAAAUAGACAAUUAUUUAAGAAAGAUAAAAAGAGAAUUAUACAGGUAAAUUCAGGUAAAUUCUGUAAUGAGGCAGAAAGUAUGCAAAUUUUACCUCUUUUUUCAUUCGAAGCCUUGCAUCAAGAUAUUUGCAAUACUGAUAGGUCUAUCAGUGCUAGUGUUGUUAUUUCUCCAACAUUUAUGACUUUACUACCAAAUUUCCUUAGGCAAUUAAUUGAUAUCUUUCAUUUUAUUAAUAAAUUUAUGAAUUUUAAAUAUCAAACAGAGAAUGACAUCAGUGUAGAUAAGUCAGAGACGAAUUCUGAAAAUUCUAAAGAUGAAAAUUUACGAAAUAUACCUAUUACUACUUCUACAUCUCUUCAAUCAAAUAAUGUUACAACUUCUAACAAUUUAUUGAAUGGAGAUAUUAAAAUGUUUCCAGAUGACCUAUGUGUAUCUGAUAAGGUUUAUACUUCUGAAUCGUGUGAAACUCCUGAUGCAAUAUUAAACAUACUAGAGAAAAUAAAGGCAAUUCCCUUAAGUUCAAUAUCAUUGAAAGCUCAAUUACAUACAAUAGUGAUGACUUUUCCUGAGUUCCAUGAUACUAUAUUAACUCAAAGCAUAUCAUCUGAGCACUUUGAUGGUUUUAACUACAGCCCAUCUAGAGAUAGAUACUUGGUAGCUACAUUUUCAGGUAUUUAUAAACCAGCUAUAGCCGUUAAGUGUAAUUUUAACAUUUGCUAUUUGAAAUUAAAUAAUGGUGAACUUAUAGGAAGCGAAAAUACUACUAGUAAUGAUGGUCAAGCUAAUUCAGCUAAAUUAGAACUGGAUAUUUGUAAUAUUAGAUUACAAUUCCCUUAUGUCCAGAAUAUUGGUGAGAAUUUUGUAUUUGAAGAAAGUAGUUCACUACAAGGCAUACGCAAUUAUGAAAGCUCUGAUAAGAGUCUUCUUUACCCAAUUCUGGAUAUCUUUGUACCUUCUAUACAUUCAUGCUUUAUAUUAACUAAAGUAAUUACUUACUCUUCUAGUAUUCAAGCGGAUCAUGAUGAAUUAAGUGAUUCUGAAAAUCUCUGCAACUUAAAUGAAACUGGAAUGGUCCUUGGAUCCUUAUCAAUAUCUUCAAUAUUCGCUUUUGAUGCUGCAGAAAUUCCAAUAAUCGAGAAUACUCAUUUGAUAAGGAAUAGUAUUUUGAGAGAUCAUAUUAAGAAUGUAUGUGUUAAUAAACAAGGUAAGAGAUAUUCAAAUGGGAUUAUAAAUAGUUACAAUCCUGAAGGAAAUGUUUAUUUUGAUGAUUCAGAAUUAAUGGCCAUGGAUAGUCAAAUAUUAUCUAUUUCAUUUAAUUUAAAAGGUUUAUCUAUGGAGAGUCAAUUGGAGAUUAAAUGUUUCAGAUUUAUAUUUAGCUUAACGACUGUUAAUCUCUCAGUCCCCUACAUACAGAAAGUUUUAAGUUGGUGGAAUGAUUUAUGGACUAUUAGAAUACGCUUUCCAAGAUGUACUAAUUCUACAAUGAGAUACUUUUUAGUUGAUAUGUGCAGUGACAAACUUUAUUCAUCAAGCUAUGGCUUAACUACUAGAAGUCAGAAUAGCAAUCAAUACGUUAAACUUAGUGGCUUUCCAAUAAAAAAUAGUGAAUUCUGCAAUAGUGUUUAUACUGUAAAUAUUUACGAUUACUGGCAGCAUGAACUUACUAACCCCCUUUAUUUUCCACUAGACAUAUCUGUCCCAAUUGUACUAGCAUUACCUCCAACUUCAAUACUUGUUUCUAAUGUUCGACCAUAUAACGCAGUCAGGAGAACUGACAAUUUUACACCUUCACUAUUAAAUUCUUAUGUUAAGUAUUAUGAUUGUGAAUUUAGAUUUAAGAAGCUAAUGAAUUCAAAGCAAACACUAUCUACAUCUGGGAAUUCAUCACUUACAAAUAUUGGGAAAUUAGGGAAUAUUUGCUUUACACCUAAAUUAACAGAGCAAUUUCCUACUCUUUCUGAGAUUUCCAAAAUUUUAACAGGAAUUAGUAAUAGUCGAGAGACAGUAGGCAUAGAAGAUGAUUGCAAUCCAGUUUAUAAAGAUAAUUAUGAGGAAUUUGGGGAUUACCCCUCAAGAUCUCAAAUAAGAGAGAAUAAAGAUAGAGAGAACAAGAAUAGUCUAGGUAUACAUAUUUCUGAAGAAGAUACUAAUAAAGUUGUAUCUAAUUCUGUAGAUGAUCACUUAUUAAACUCUGCAAUGAGUGGAAUUCAUAAAAUGGUGAAGAUAGUUCGUUAUCCAAUAAUAUAUAGCUGGAGCGCAAUCAGACAGAAACUCUUGUCAACUGAUAAAUCGAAUUUAACUACAAAUAUUGGUCAGAAUCUUGGCUCUGUUAAUGAAUUCACUAAAGUAGUUGAUGAAAUUAAUCUUUCUAAUGUAAAUGAUAAUUUUUUAGGAUAUAAUGGCGUGCAUUCCAAAGAAGAGCUGUCACGUACAAAUAGUGACUCAAUAGAAAAUAUAAAAUGUGAAAAACUUGAUAAUGGACCAGCUAUUGAUGAACCAGAUAAACUAAAUUUUGGUGAUGAUAAACUAGCUAAAUUUAAGGUGCUAUCAACUAUAAGCAAAAAGAUAAGCAAAGUAGGGAAAUCAAGACGGACAAAAUCUCGGGAUUAUAAUACUUAUUCAUCAGGGGAUUAUUUAAAUAGUGGAGAUUCAAAUGAGUGUACUCAAUUAGCAAUAGAAAAUGUCCAGACUACUCAAAAAAGUAAACAAAGACUAAAUAUCCAAGUUAUCAUUGAAAAUCUUGAAAUAUGGAUUCAUCGAGAUGUCUCACUAGAAAAAAGUGGAGAUACACAAAUUAUAAAGGACUCGCAAAUCAAAAAUUCUAAUAUAAUUUCUUCCAAAAGGCAUAAUAAAAAGUUUCCACCUGAAUUGACUCUGGAAGAGGCUGCAAUAGACUGGAUUGCCAAGUCCGUUUAUUGUGUUCCUCCAGUAAAAAGAUGGAGCAGCAGUAUUAACGAAAGUAACUCGGAAUUACUAUUAAAUAAAAAGACAAAUAUGUCCAUGGAACUUAAAGAAUACAAAUUUGAUGGUGGGAAUGUAGAAUUGCAUUCUCCAUCUGAAGGACAUCAAUAUAAUCCUUUUUAUCAAAACUUACUUUAUUCAAGCCAGGGUUGUAAUGAAGAUGAUGAGUCAGCGUGCUCUUAUAAACAACCAAAUUUGGAAUAUAGCACUAGAAUAUUGUUUCCAAACACAUUUGAGAUAUAUAACUUCAGAAGAAAUAUUGGGCACUAUGAUCAGACAAGUUUUGACUAUAUUAUGAAGUCGAAUAGAUAUGGUAGACGACAAACACUUGCAGUACACAGAGAUACCAGAGCAUCCUCAAAUAGUCACAUUUUCCCUAUCAGAAAUUCAUUCAAAGGAUCUUAUAAUACAAAUUUUGACUUUGCUAAUGUUCCUAAAGGUGAAAAUUUUAAUUCUUCUGGUAUAUCUAGAAAUUCGGAUAGAAUAAAUUCAAAUUCACAAGGUUUAACUGAAGUUUGCGGACGUAAUCAAUAUAAGUCAUAUGAGAAUAACAUUAAAUCUUUUGGAACUGCAUUCUCAAUACUAAUUAGCAUGAAUAUAGCGAUAGAUAUCACGGAAUAUGAUUUCCAAGUUUCUGCUAAUUGUAAUGAAUUGCGGAUACUUCCAGGUUUUCCUAUAUCAUUAAAUAACAAAACUUUAUUUAGUAGGUGCAACAUUUCACCCAAAUAUGAAAAAGAUGGUGAAAUUACUGAACCAAAAGAAUCUAAUUUACAAUUCUUUUCGGUUCCCAAUAAUUAUAAUUAUAACUAUUAUAGUAUUAUGUUUCAAAAAAGGUGGCUUACAAUUGUAAGUCUAAAUGGUGGAAAUAUAUAUAUGCCAUUAGCUUCUAACUUACCUUCAUCAGUAAAGCGUGAUUUCCUUCUGUAUUUGAAUGGUGCUAAACUUUCUAUUAAACCAUGCUGCACUUUAAGAUCUAAACGUUCAGACAUCUGGACAAGUUAUGAAACUAGUGUUGAGUUGUAUAUUGGGGAAGUGACGAUAUCACUUUCUAUGGACCUGAUAAGGGAACUGCAAAUUUAUAAAGAAUAUCUGUACUCUAUUAAGGGUAACAUAGAUAAAUAUACUCUUCAUCACCCAAAGCAUAUUUACUCUUACAUUUCACCAGAGAGUAUUUUAUGCCCAUACAUACAUACUGAUAGCUUCGAUGUUUUCAAGGGCUCUGGAACUCCAGCUAGCUCUACAUUUAAGAACAAAGGUAGAUCAUCAAUUGUUAGACAGCCUCUUCCUCUUAUGAUCAAUCCUACUGAGCCUGAAGAUAAAAUAAGAUGUAUAACACCUCAAGUAUCAAUUGUUGAAGCUACUGAGGAAAUUAAAUGUCAGUUGGAAACUUCAGAUGAAGGGCAACUAAGAAGUAAUAAUAAUAUUUCGAGAUACAGUGGAAACAAAGAUGUUAUUGAUAGAGAACUGGACUCACAAGUUACAUCUUCUGAAGAUGAGGAAGAUAAUACUAGUUCUAUAUGUGAAAAUCAAGUUGUACUGUUAACAUACUCCGGAUUUCCUUUACCCUCUUCCAGGUCUUACUAUUUACCUGAGUCUGCUAAAAUCCACCUGCAAGAACAAGUAAAUUAUGAAAGACAUAGUAAUAGAAGGUUUGGCAUUUUCGUAUCGGAAGAUUUGAAUUGGCCUAGUAUGGAAAUGUAUAAGAAGGGUAAUGGAACUUCUAGUGGUAGAAAAUCAUUAAUAUCAGAUCACUUACUUUAUUCUUCUAUUUCAAAAAUUAUUAGAUUAACCUCUACUUCUUUAGAAUGGUUAAUGGCUAAAAAGUAUACUAAUAAUUCAGAGAAGACCAUGCGCAAAAAGAACAUACUGUACUUACUUAAAGUUCAUUGGGAUAAGUGUAAUCAGUUCAUUUUUGAGUAUAAUCAGCCGUGUUUUGAUGUAAUUAUCUAUAAUGAUUAUACUGAUCUACUAAGAUUUUCAGUUGAAACAUCUCAUGGUAUAGCUCAGUAUCCAAAUGCACUAAACUGCAAAUUCAGAAGUAUAAUUAGUACAAUAACUCAUGAUCCUGUCAUAGAUUGUAUGAUUACAAUUAUAAGACCAUUUCUAGUCAAUUUAGAUAUUAGCCUACAAAAUCAAGCCGAAUCACUAAAUUUUCAAUGUAAAAGUAAAAGUAAUAGUACAUAUCCAAAUUUAAAUUAUAGUCAAACUUAUAUGGAUAGAUCUUUACUACGUUGCCAAAUCAUGCUUAUUAAUUUGCGUACUGAAUCUAUUUCAUUAGAAAUUACAUCUGGGUUUCUGCAGAAUAUUAAAUUGGUCAUUAGUGAUUUAGAAAAUUUUAACUUACUUGGUCUUGUCUAUGCAUACCAGAGAAAGAUCCACACAGUAAAGAUUAUUAAUGAUAUGGGACAAUCUACCCUCUUAGUACAACCAAUAUACAGUAUUGGUGAUUAUCCAGAUAUACUUAAUAAUACGACAAAUCCAAAUUGUCUCAAAUUUGUAAAUUACUUAGAUACACCUUACUUUGCAGAUUCUUUGGGGUACAAAAGUAUAUCUGUGAGUGGAUCUAGUAUUAAAGGUUUAAGAACACAGAUAAUCAAUAGAAAUGAGUACUGUCAUGCAGCAGUUUACUUGCCAAUAUAUCUGGCUAUUCAGAAAUUUAUUCAUCGUAAGGGUCAGAAAAUUGCAGCUAGAUUGCAAGCUAUGGAGAAUAGCGAUAAUGAGAGAUACUUAAUUAAGCUAGGUGAUAUAUCAGAAAAGACUAAUCUAAACAGAAGUUCCAAUAUAGGUUCAUCAGUAAAUCGGAUGAAUGUUUCAUCUGAAAUUAAACACUAUGAAAUAUCUAUUCCACAAGCGACAAGUACCAUGAUUAUGCAUAACACCCAAGAUAUUAUGAGUGAUAGUGCCAAUAGUGCGGUAAAUUGUGAAGAAUCAAUCAAAGAUUAUACUGCAAUUCAGAACAAAUCAACAAAAAUCACUGUUAAGAAGAAAGGUAAGAAUAAUGUUACACAAGGUGGAGGCAAAUCUUCAAUUUAUAACUCCAGUGUAAUUCUGAAUGAUAUAACUAAAGAAAUAUAUAGGCUCGGUGAUACAAGUAAGUCUUAUAACUUUCAAGGUUCGAAACAUAUGUGGCUAAGUGGGAAGAUGUAUGACUUAUUAUAUGGUUCAACGAGAAUUGUUGAGUCUGAAUUUUAUCAACUAGCAGAGCAGUUGGAAUUGGCUACACCUUACUUGGGAGGAAAUGGGGGGCUAGAAACAAUUAUACAUAGAUUCUUCUUGACACAGCCAAUAUGGUCACUAGUAGGUAGGAUGAAGGAUGACACUAUGCAUAUGCGCUCAUAUCGUUUUGGCACACUGGGGUUUUUGGUGGUUUUGGAACCAGAACCUGGUGCAAAUGCAAAUGAGUGGAUUUGGACACUAGGUACUUGUGUACAAAUUGAAAAUUCAACGAACAUUACAUUAAGAAUUACUGUCACAUGGAGGCAUGGGAUUAGACGUUUUUGUGGGGCACUAUUUACGGACUCAGAUAAAGGAAUAAAUACUAGAAUUGAGAAUGGUUCAUAUAUGUUUCCAUGUAUAGAUAUACCCCCUUUUUCAAGAAGAUCAAUACCAUUAUCUUGGUUCUUACUCAGUGACAUGGAGCCGAUAAUUGUGCCAAUACUAACUAAAACUGUUGAACAGGAAGAUGAAGAUGAUCAACAUUUACUUAAUAUUGGAAAUAUCCACGAAUUUAAUAGAAACAACUUUACUGAUUAUUCUGGAAAUUCAAAUAAGGACAAUUUUACUGGGAAGCACAACUUGGUUAUAAAUAAUAAAUCUGUCCGUAGAAUACAGUCUAAACUACAUCCAGUUCCCUUUUCUACACUUAGAAAGUUGAUAUAUGAAAUAAUAUCUAUUCAACCUGGCAAUGUAACUAAGGCAAAUAUAUCAACAGAGUCAUUUUCCUUGAUAUUUGAGACACUGAUGGCAUUUUCUGGUCGUAUAAAUGUGGUGGAUAUACCAACUGUUGACAAGUAUGUAACUAGUUAUCGAUAUACUAUAGAGAUAACUCCAUUUAUGACAAUGAUGAAUAUAUUACCAUUCCCAAUCCAGAUUAGGUUCCAAAUGAGUAGUGGGAUAAAAAUUCCAGUUGAAGCACUCGCACUCCAAUAUAAUGUAGUACCAGAAAUAAAGUUUCCUAAUAUUAUUGCUUUUGCAGAGAAUAAAUUCAAAUCCUUGGCAGCUAGUAGUAUUGAUGAUAAUUAUUGUACUAAAUAUUUGGAUAGCGAUUCAACUAAUAACUUAGCGCAUUCAAAUGACGAUGGAAUAACUUGUAAUGGUAGUACAAAUGAUAAAUCCAGAUCUCGAAAUAGUAUUUUAAAUAAACUUGAGAAUAUUUAUCACGAUGAAUUUGCAAUUUUAAUAGAGUUUUUAUCUGGAAAACCUGUAGAUAUUAUACUGCAACCACAACAAGAACUAGCUUUACCCAUUUUCCGUCAAAAAUUAGAGAUGAUAUUAUAUAUUAAUGGUUGUCCAUUAGAGGGGUGCUAUUUUCCGAUUUAUACGAAUACUUCAAAUAGUCCAGAAUAUAUUCAAGCUCAAAAUGCACUAAUAAAUGAGUUUAUAUAUCGCUCCAAUAAGUUUUCAGUAUCUUUUCCAUUUGGAGACACUAUUAGUCACAAUGUUAGUCUUGAUAGGAUAAUUGGCAAUCCUUAUAAUGCUUGGGGACCAUUCUAUAGUAAAGUAUUGCAGAACUAUUAUUCCAAAGUAUAUUCAGGCUUAGAAUCAAAUGGAUUAAAAAGUACUAACAACAAACUUUAUGACUGUCUAAAUCAUUUAACAGUAAAUAUAGGAGUCAGCUCGAGACAAAUAAUUUUUUCAGCCUUAGCUCGUAUAGAGAAUACUACGGAUUCAAUAUUAUGUUUGUUUUUGAAUGAAAAUACAAGUUUGAAUAUUUCAUCAGCUAACAAUACCUCAGUUCCAUUACCACUUCCACCAUUUUUCAGAUAUUUUACUUCUCAUGAAAAUAUGAAAAAUCUUCGGAUAAGCUCCUUAGCAAUAACAACAUCUUUACCUACACUUCGCAAAUAUAAUAUUCAAACAAUAGCGAAUAAUAUAAAAAUAAAUUAUACUUCCAAAAUUUCAUCUAAAAUUGAUAUAUCUACUACUGGUGUAUGCAUACCUUUAAUAAAAUUACCAUUAAUAAAAUAUCAAGAAAAAGUGUCUAAUGACAUAUCAUAUCAAGCUGAAUCCAAGUCAGAGAAUUUAGAAAAUCAAGAUAACAAUGAUACAUUGGUUAAUACAUCUAUAUACGAAGAUAAUAUUAAUAAUGGGAAUAGUCAGAUGCUCACUUUUGGAGUUGCCAUUCACCAGAAUGACUUACUAUCUUAUAUGAACUACCCUGUUGCAACUUUCUAUAAUCGCUGCGAAUUGGUUUCUCGAUUACCUUUCCCUAUAUUGAUUCAUAAAUUUACAACUGCAAGAGAAAUGCAUCAGAAAAUCCAAUCUUGUCUCAAUGAAUGUGAAGAUUACGAAAUAUUAUCAAAAGAGGCUAGUAAUGCCACAUUUAUUUUCCCAGAUACUGAUAAACAAAAACAUUCUACAGAAUUUCAUAGAGUACACAAUAAUAGGCCAAAUGAGCUAGAAUCUAUAAAAUUACCACCAAUAACAUCUCUAUCUUCAAGUAUACUAUUAAGACCUAAUGAAAGGAGGCCAUAUCACCAAGUAGAUCCAAGAAUAUGGAUUUCAAAACCAAUAAUUAAUAGUAAUGAUCCAUUUUUAACAUCUCGUGAUUUUUCACUAUUUUCUGGUUGUAAAAUAGAGUAUUCCUCUCAGCCGAGUAAAUUUCAGGUUGCUUUAUACCCCCAACAACAAGAUGUUCGUGCAUCUAAUGGAGUUAAUGGAAUUAAUUCAAGUAAUCAGAUAGGCUCUACUUCAAAUAAAUUAAAUAGUACUGCAAAGUUAUCAAAUUUUGCUACUCCCUUCUUAUUAACAUUACAAUUGAUACCUGGAAUACUAGGUAGUAGUACAUCUAGUGCAGCUAAUGCAACUAUAGGAAACUCUGGUUAUUUCGUUAUUUUUUCAGUUGCUGAAGCUCCAUUCUUCAAAAUAUGCAAUUUAUCAAGUUACUAUAUUGCAUAUCAAACACCAGAUACUAGUAAGGUCCACAAUUAUUAUUAUCGUGGGAAAAAAGCUGUUUUUGGGGCUACUUCAAAUGUUCAGCUUGGUGAUUUUACGAAUGAAAAUAAUCCUGAUAGUGAUAUAGACGAUAUAGAUUCAUCUUUGAAAAACAAAAGAAUAGUGGAUGUAGAUAAUACUAAAAAUUGCUAUUCAUAUCCCAAUUUAGGAGCAGCAAAAAGUGCAGAUAUAAGCGUUAUUCCACCACAUACAAGUAUACCAUAUAUUCCGAAAGAUUGGGAUUGUGAAUAUAUAGGCAUAAUGCCACUGAAUGUGAAGAAAUCUAACUGGACAACACACUCAAUUACUUCAAUAAAAGAUGAGAUUUAUGUAAUAACAUUUGUCAAAUAUGAGGAGAUAAUGAAGGUAAUUCCAGCUACUGAUAAAUUACAAUCUGCUCUUAACUCAGAAAUAGUAACUAAUAUAGAGAAUAGUCCUAAAAAUGAAGCUAUAGAAUUACAACCGGACUAUAAAAUUCAAUUAGGAAAUAGUGGUACGGUCACAGAUAUAAAACCUACAAUAGUAGAUAAAAGUAAUAUUCAAAAAAAUUCGAAACGCAUAAAGUAUGGAAAGUUAUACAUUUUCUUAAUGGUAAAUUCUCAGGGAACUAGAAUCUUAAUAAUAAUGGAGAACAGAAAAUCAGCAGAAAAAGUUCUAAGUGGGCACUUUGCAGUUCUCAAUCAAAAUGUAAUUCAAAGUGGAUUUGGAGAUGACCACUUUGAUUUCAGUAAAAACUCAAAUAUUGUUAUGAAUUCGUUAUCAAGUGAGAAUAAUCAUCAAGUAGAUGGUCUAUCUUUAUCUAGUAAUAUCGAGAAGACUAAAUCUUCAAUUGUUCAACAAUCAGCUAUGAAAUAUUAUUAUAUAAGUAAACUCUCUUGGAUAGGCUUAAAAUUUUCCUUUUUUAUUCCUAGAACUAGUGUAUCAUGGAUACAUCAAAAUGAACUAGUAAUAGUAUGGCACGGAUCUCUAUUUCAAAUUGUGGGAAGUAUUUUGCCUGAUAAUAUAUAUUCAAUGAUGAUAUUAGACUUUACAUGUGAUUUACUCAUGAAAAAGUGUAUGGAGUUAGCAGGAUUAGAAAAUAGUACUUGGAGAACUGAGCACACAAUUAAAGGGUCUUUUUUUGACACACCUUUCAGGAGGAAUAAAGGGGUAGCUUUAAAACCACUAUUUUCAGAUGGAAUUGCAAGUUUAAUAAAUAAUGAAGAGAAAAUUCUGAUUCCAAAGCAGAAUCCAGAUAUUAUAGACCUUGAUAUGGGAAUGGAUAUAAUGGGAACAUUUAGUAGCAAAUCAAUCAAUAUUGUUGAUCUAGAUGAAAAUAAGCACUUUGAAUAUAUAGGAGGUUAUGUAAAAAAAAUUUUCUUAUUUCUAAGCAAAAAUAUCAGAAAUAUGGGUGGAUCUUUUUCAGUUGGAGAAAAUUAUGCACUUAGACAGGCUUUGCUAUUAUUAAAACGGACAUACAAAGAUUGUAUAUUAAGAGAAAAAUUUUAUGCAUCAAAAUUUUAUUUAGAUCAGAAGAGCUACCCAGAUGAAGUUCAGAAACAAUAUUCAAGCUUCAAAGUAUAUUCGCGUAGUCCUAGUGAUUUGAAAUAUUUGAAGCAUUCUUUAUUUAAUAGUGAAUUUAAGUCAAAACAAAGUGUUUUAUUAUCACUUUAUGAUGAUGCACUUAACUCAAUGAUUCAAACAAUAUCUCUACUUUCAAAUCAAAUGGAAAGUGCUUUACUAAUAAAUGGACGAUUUACUAUAAAAGUAGGACUGGAGUCAAUUCAUAUAGAUCACUUCUUACCAGGAGAUAUUCCUGUAAUUUUAAAAACGACUAGUAACAAAAGAUUAUCUUCUUUAAAUAAUAGGCUAUCUCAUAACCUAUCUAUUAAAGCAAAAAAUAUAGAGAGAAAUACUGAGGAAGUAGAAACUCAAGCAGAAAAGAAAGAGAAAUAUCAAAAUGAUACAAAUGAAAAUCAAGAUCUUCAAGCAAGUAUAAAUGAUGAUAAUAUAGAAGUUUGUGAUAAUAAUAGUGAAACAACUAAGUCCAACAACUCAAAUAAUUCAAGAUUUAUAUCAUUAACAAUUGCUCAUUCAUUGAUGAAUCCAGUAUAUGCUCCAAUAUUUGACAAAAUAAUUAUAACAGUAUCUCCUAUUAGCUGUAAUUUGGAACGUCUUGUUGUGCAGUCAUUAUACUUUAUGGUUUUUAAAGAAAUAGAAAAUAUGACCAACAUAGCUGAUUCAAGAAAAAAAGCUUUAUGGAUGAGCUCGACUCGUCAAAAACCAUCAAUGAUUCAGUUUAGUCAGCGAAAUAGCCUACGUAAAAAUAGGUCUGGUCCUUUAAUCUGUUAUGUUUCUGGUGGAUUUAGCUUACCAAUGUAUAUAACAAGGACACCUUGGGAACAACUGAGAAUUGGUCGACCGAUGUAUAUUAGAACAUUGGAAAUUAGUGAUGUUGCAGUCACCAUAUCUAUAAGGACAUCAGAUGAUACAAUUAAUAUAGACACAUUAACAUCUGAAGCACUACUAUUUAUGAACAUCUUACCUCUAGAUACACCACAUAUGAUACUAAAUGUAAAUCCUUUAAAGAAAGAUGCUCUCGUUGCUAAUUUUGCUGAAUUUUUUCAUUUCUUAUUAUCAUCUUAUUCAAGAGAGUUUAAAAGACGUGUCUUGCCAUCUGUAGGCGUAUCUCAUUUGAUUGCAAUAUAUUCUGGAUUAAAACGUGGAGUUUAUGCUAUUAUAACUGAGGUCCAUCGUGGAUUAAGUGACCCUGAACUAUCUAGCUUAGAGGGUUUGUUCCAAGGACUAAGGAUUGGUUUUAUACACUUUUUUAGAUAUUUCCUUGGUGGUACCUUUCAAACAGCAUCGGUCAUAUUUAAUUUUGGUCAUAAAUUAUUAGGAGGAAGGAGGCCACGUCCAAAUAGCAUCUUAGAUGCAAUCUGGAAUGGAAUUCUUGGGUUCUUAAUUGAUACAUUUAUAACACCGUGGGUAUUACUUUAUAAAACUCCCACAGAUACUUUUAGAAAAACAAAAAAGAAAAUGAAUUUUACACUUGCUCUAAUAUUCUCACUAAUCCGGAUUGCAAUAUGUCCUUUAUUUGGAUUAUUAAACUUCCUUGCAUCUGUAACUGAAGGGUUAGCAACUGCAUUAAUUGGAGACUUUGAACAAUUUGUCCAUAUUCAAUCUAGAUCUGAACUUAUGAAGGAAAUAGAGAAUAAUAGAUAUCAUGAACAUGAUGAAAUAAGGAGAUUUGGGGUAUAA